AACAAUGGAAUUUGCUGCUCUUCCGCUCAAGUUCUGGCCAUGCACAAGCAACUGCGACAAGCUGGCAGCCUGUUGGACAGAUGUCCAUCAUGCUAUGAUAACUUCCAGAAAUUAUGGUGUGAAUUCACGUGUUCUCCUCGACAACACAUGUUCAUGGAGAUUCUGCAAGAACUCGAGGUGCCAGAAACGAACAUCUCUUACAUCAAUAGAGUACGCUACAAUGUCAGCAAAGAAUUCUCAGAUGCUUUAUAUAACUCUUGCAAAGAUGUAUCCAUGACGGGAAGCUCCACCAAAGCAAUCCGAUUAAUGUGUGGUAGUUUGAAGAAGAAUGAGGAAUGUACGAUCGAUAAUUGGCUUAAAUUUAUGGGUACUCAGAAUCACCGCAUUGGCAUUCCUCUUGGCAUCGAAUUUAACCUUGUUGAUGCAAAGCAUGGACAGAAUGAAGGUUCGGAUUAUUUCAUGACCGUUCCAACAACCCCGUGCCAUAUGUCUCCACGUUAUGGUCGUGACAAAUGUUCAAGGCAAGAUUGUCCUGCCAUACAAGUAGAGGAUUUGUUUCCCAGGGACGAGGGCACCAAGGAAGUAUGCCAAGUACUGGGAAUGGGAUGCAAAGUUUUUCUCCUCUUUGGAUCUCUGUUUAUUUUUGCUGGUGUAUUGAUAUUUAUGGGUUUCCUACACUUGUUUCAUAGUACUAGCACUACCGAUUCCGGGUUGGAUCGUAUAGAUUACAAGAGUGUCAGCACGAAUAUGGGUCGUAUACGAACUAUGGGUGCAUGGAUUCAGGAUCAACUCAAAUUCAACGGGGAAAUGUUUGGAAGAUUUGUUGUCCAACAUGCCUGGUUUGCGUUCCUUUUUGGCUCAUUCAUAGCGGUGAUCUCAAUAUCUGGCAACGUCUUCUUGAAAUUCACAAAUGAGCCUUUGGAGAUGUGGACAUCCGCUCAUAGCCUAGCUCGCCAGGAAAAACGAGUUUUUGAUCAGAGCUUUGGACCAUUCUACCGCGUAGAGCAGAUUAUAAUGUAUCCAAAGUUUGUCGAACAAAUCGUAGAUGGUCCACAUGGUAUAAGGAUGGGAUCGGUUUUCCAUAAGACAUUCAUGCAUGAGCAAAAUUCAUCCAUGCUCGACAUAUCCAUCACUGCGCACAUUACUGCUCAGCAGAACACCGAAAUAGAUGAUGAUCUCGACUAUUAUGCUGACGAAACAGAGACAGAGCAGGAAAAGGUGGAAACGAGAAACUACCUGGAUCACAUCUAUGACUGCAUUCAGAACCCCUACAACAUUGAAACAUCAACGAACAUGAGCUGUCUCGGCACUUUUGGCGGUCCGAUCUUUCCAGAGCUUGUCUUCGGUGGGGCGUCGGGAAACGAACAGCUGACGGAUUCAAACGCCCUUAUAAUCACAAUUCCUGUGAAUGGCAAACAGUCUAACCUGAAAAAGGCCAUGGCAUGGGAGCAAGCAUUUAUCAACCUGAUGAAGGAAUAUAAACAUGACGAUAUACAAGUUUCAUUUAUGGCGGAAAGAUCUAUCUCGGAUGAAAUAGAGAGAGAGAAUUCAUCAGACGUCUACACAGUUCUAAUCAGCUGUAUACUUAUGAUUGGCUAUGUUGCGUUUGCACUCGGACAAUAUAUCGUAACAGACAAUAACUUGCUUUCCCUACUUGUGCAUUCAAAAAUUAUCGCUGGAGUGGCAGGUGUUGGUAUCAUCAUGUGUAGUGCAGCUAGUUCAAUCGGCGUGUUUUCUCUUUAUGGAAUAGGAACUUCGAAAGCAGCUCUUGUUGUUCUUGUCUUUGUGGUCCUUGCUGUGGGUGUUAAUCGGAUUUUUAUCAUUGUCCAAGCAUACCAGAGGCUUGAAGAUACUGCUAAUUUAUCGGUAGAAGAUCGAAUUGCUAGGGAAGGGAAGCCUGAGCUUAUGUACCAUCGCAAACUUGACUCCGAACGCGUCGAAAGUGAAGGGUACAUCUACGAGGUGAUGGGCAAAUAUGCGGCGCCACAACUGAUGAGAAAGUGGAUGAGGAUGACAGUGCUUGUUAUAUUUAUUCUCUGGUUUUGCUGCUCGCUUUGCAUAUUCCCUUUCUUGAAUCCAGGUUUUGACCAGAAAGUAGCAGUUCCCGAGGAUUCAUAUGUUUACUUACAUUUCAAGAAUCUGGAUCGCUUGAUGAAUGUUGGUCCUCCGGACAAAUUCUGCACUAUCGGUGGUUGUGCCGAGAAUUCUGUGGGCGCAAUACUUAACGAAGCAGCAGCGCAUUCUAAUAGGACGUACAUCAAGGGAACCGUGUUAAACUGGGUAGACAAUAUGAUUCAAUGGUUGAAUAAGGAAAGCGAUUGUUGCAAAGUGUACAACUACGACAAAAACGUGUUCUGCCCAAGUAGUAGGAAGGACUCUUAUAAUUGUUCGAGCUGUGAUCCCAACCAGAGAAAUGGCCGUCCUACGGAAGAACCAUUCUAUAAGCACUUGAAGGACUUUAUGAAUGAUGUGCCUAACGCUAACUGCAUUGUUGGCGGAAGAGCUGCCUUCAAGGACGCCAUUUUUCUCAACCCACGCGGUCAUGUGCAGGCAUCACACUUCAUGACGUACCAUACGCCGCUUCGCACGUCACGAGAGUUUAUAUUGGCAAUGGAGGGCGCCAGAAAAGUUGCACGAAAAAUCGAGCAGUCAUUUGAUGGAAAAGUACAUGUAUUCCCGUACAGUACUCAAAUCACAUUAUCGUUGGCGGUGGUUUAUGCUGUUACAUGUGUUAUGCUUGGUCUCGAUCCUGUUAGUGCUUUUAUUACCGUUGUAAUUAUUGUGUGCAUCCUGGUUGACAUGCUUGGUCUCAUGGUGUUAUGGAGUAUUGAUCUAAAUGCGAUUUCAGUUGCUAACCUAGUGAUGUCGCUCGGGAUCUCUGUGGAAUUCAUCGUUCACACUAUACGGAUUUUUACGCACUCAGUACGGCGUACCAGGAUAGAAAGAGCUGAAGAAGCACUUGCACAGAUGGGUUCUACGGUCUUCUCGGGAAUCACACUCACCAUGUUAGGAGGGACAUUAGUAUUGGCGUUUGCACACUCGCAGAUUUUCAAAGGUCACCCAUCAACCGACGAUUACUGCAAGAUAAAUUACGUGAAGAAGGAACUCUUCCAGAGCAACGAAGUGAACGACGCGCAAAACUAA